AUGCCAAGAGCGUAUGAGCAAGCAAAUCCACUUCUAAAUCAAGCAUAAUCGCAUUUUCUUUCAAAAAGUGUUCAAUAUGUUGGGUUACUCCAAAUUUGCUGUCUUUGCGUUUCUCAUGCUUACCGCUUCAGCUGUAAUAGAUGCGAAAUUUCAACCAAUUAUUCGAUCAAGUACCACCCCAAAAAUCAUGACUCAAGAGCUCUUGGAGGCCGAAGUGAAAGCUUUGGCAUCACUUAGAGAAGCUGAACAAGCUAUUGCUUUAAACUUGAAGCAAAAGUUAUACACAAAUGGGCUUGAUUGUUUCCCAUUAGGAAGUAUAUGCUCCGGUUUUGGACCUCCGGAUCAAUGUUGCUCGGGCGCUUGUGUUCCUCAUCCUAUAAAGAGGAUAUUUUAUUGUGAUGAAAUUAAAGGUGUUUAAGGGAUUUAUCGUCUCUAUACCUUUGUUAUGAUCGUAGUCUACGACUCUACUAGCUAAAAUAAAUUUGACAAAGGUUGGAUGAGGAAUUCAUGUAUGUCUACUUUAAUUUCUGUAGUACCAAUUCUUGGAUUAAGAUGAAAACUUGGCUUCUAAUUUCUCUUAAUGCAAGACUCUAUCAUGUAUUAUUAUUAUCUAUAAUGAAUGGAGACAUCCUUUUUUUUUUUUA